AUGGGUAAUUACUUUAGUGCUGUCAUAUGCGGUCCAUCUGAUACUUCCGGGAAAGUGAUUCUCUGGGACGGAUCGAUCCAGCAGUUUAGCUGCCCUUUGACGGCGGCGGAGUUGAUGCUCGAGUAUCCGCAACAGGUGGUGGCGGAGUUCCACGCGGCGGUUAAUGGUAAGAGGCCGGUUCCAUUACCGGCCGAUGAGAAACUCGAUGUGAAAAAGGUUUACGUAAUGUUGCCCGUGAAUCGAGGGAAACCGAUCACGUUGUCAUCGGAGGAUGCUCGUCGUGUACUAGCGAGUGCGAACGCUGUGUUGAGAUCGAAGUCGAUAUUAUCGUUUUCUAGUUUACUUCCUUUGUUUGCCAGGAUUUGCCAUGUGAAUCAUAUGCAAGAGACGGGACAAAAAUACCCGUUUCAGGAAAAGGGUACCGUCCGCGAAAGGGUCGAAGAAAUAGGUUGUUUGACGGAAUUAUUACCGGAACGUAUGGAAGGCUUGCCGGAGUAUUUCAACCGGCAAUAUUCAGGCAAGGGAUGGAAACCAAGUUUGGAUACUAUAAAGGAGAAAAAAUUUGAGAGAAAGGUAUCCCACUGGUUGUAUUAG